AUGAUUGAGAUGGGAGCGGCAGCAGACCCCAAGCUCUUGAAGGCAGCGGCGGAGGCCCAUCACAAGGCCAUCGGAAGCAUCUCAGGUCCCAACGGUGUGACUUCCCGGGCGGAUUGGGAUGCGGUGAACGCAGCUUUGGGCCGUGUUGUGGCGUCCGUCCCCAAGGCAAAGGUCAUGGACGUCUACAAUGCCGUGAAGGACAUCACUGACCCUGGCGUUCCAGCAUACAUGAAGUCUUUGGUCAAUGGUGCGGAUGCCGAGAAGGCUUACAACGGCUUUUUGGAGUUCAAGGAUGUGGUGGAAAAGAACCAAGUGACCGCAGUUGGUGCUCCUGCCACUGUGCCCACUGGAGACAACAUUGGUGUGGCUGCAAAGGCCCUUUCAGAUGCAUCCUAUCCCUUCUUGAAAGAGGUGGACUGGCUGUCUGACAUCUACCUGAAGCCGCUGCCAGACACCACAGCCCCGAAGGUGGUGAAAGCCAUCGACAAGAUGAUCGUGAUGGGCAGCCAGAUGGACGGAAACUUGUUGAAGGCUGCUGCGGAGGCGCACCACAAGGCCAUUGGCAGCAUCGAUGCCAAGGGAGUGACCUCUGCUGCAGACUACGAGGCAGUGAACGCAGCCAUCGGACGCAUUGUUGCAUCGGUGCCAAAAGCCACAGUGAUGGAUGUGUACAACUCGAUGGCCGCAGUGGUGGAUGGAACCGUCCCCAACAACAUGUUCUCCACGGUGAAUCCUCUUGAUGCAGUUGCCGCUGCAAAGGGCUUCUACACCUUCAAGGAUGUGGUGGAAGCUUCUCAGCGCUGAUGAUUCUGAUGACAGUUUUUGAAGUGGCGCCACAGUGCCGCUAAACUGUGGGUAACUUUGAGGGCCAUCCCUUUGAAGGCCACAAUUCCUUCUUGAACCUCCUCUACAGUGUGGGAGACUGGAGCAGUUGUUGUUUGUUGUCAACAGUUGCGAAAUAGUACAGUUUCCUUCAGCUUGAUAGCCGAUGACAGCAUUUGGAUCUCAUCAGUGGAAGAAGGGAUGCGUACCUGCUAAUUUUGAUCCUGAUCAGGACUGACCUUUAGACGUCCCAGAACUACAUGAAGCCAAACAACUUAGAAUAGACGUGUUUUGACUUCUUUCUUGUUUCGCAUGGCCGUGAAUGUACAGAAGUCAUGCAAAAGUCGCUUGGGCUUGAGGUGAGAUAUGGCAAGAUCUAUUCAUUUGCAUGUUUGCAAGUGGGGGAAUUGUCAGUGUGCUGGAGUUUUUUAGGCUCCACUCGCUGUUGCACGCAGCAAAGUACCCCGUACUUCCCGUGGAAUCAUGGCACGUUCUUCGUGGAAGGUCUUGAGCGUGGCUGCUGCGCUGGUCGCUUUGUACAACUUUUGCAACAGCUUGAGUUUUGUGCCCGGGCCCUUGAGAAAACAUGCGCCUGUGGCAGCUGCAUUCGCAGCCGGCAUGAUGAUGGCUCCAGCCGCCUUUGCCGAUGAGAUCGGUGAUGCAGCCAAGAAGCUCGGUGAUGCUUCCUAUGACUUCGCGAAGGAAGUGGACUGGAACAACGGCAUCUUUUUGCAAGCUCCUGGCAAGUUCCAACCACUUGAGGCUCUCAAGGCAAUUGACAAGAUGAUUGAGAUGGGAGCGGCAGCAGACCCCAAGCUCUUGAAGGCAGCGGCGGAGGCCCAUCACAAGGCCAUCGGAAGCAUCUCAGGUCCCAACGGUGUGACUUCCCGGGCGGAUUGGGAUGCGGUGAACGCAGCUUUGGGCCGUGUUGUGGCGUCCGUCCCCAAGGCAAAGGUCA